CAGAGUCACCCACACAGUGUCACCCACACAGAGUCACCCACACAGACGCACCCACACAGAGUCACCGUUGAUUUCGUGGCCUUCCCCCUCCCGCUGCCCAGCUCCUCGACAGCGGCCCGCCAGAGGACGGAGCUGGAGGUGGCCAAGGAGCUGCAGGGCAGGGACAGCGAUGAGCGCUACGGAGUCAUCCGGGUCCUGGACACGUUCGAAUUCCGCGGCCACAAUUGCCUCGUCGUCGAGCUCUUGAAGAAGAGCCUCUACGAUGUCAUGAGCAAAGGGAGCAUCAGGCGAAUCUACGUGAGGCGGUUGAGGGAGUACACCAGGGCCAUCCUCAACUUCCUGUUGUACGCCAAGGGGCGGGGCAUCAUCCACGGGGACAUCAAGCCGGAUAACAUUCUGCUCACCGCGGCCGGCAAAGUCAGGGUCACCGACUUCGGGUGCAGCUCCUACCUGAAGCAUAAAACCCAAAACGUGUGCGGGACGAUGCCCUACAUGGCCCCUGAGCUGCUGCUGGGCUACUAUGUCACCUGCGCUGUGGACAUGUGGGCCCUGGGCUGCACCGUGGCCGAGAUGGCCACCGGCAAGGAACUCGUUGAUUCACGGACCUUCACAGAACACCUGCCCUACUGCAUCGAGGUACGACCCUGA